CGACGUUUCGGUAUAUGAUAACAUUCAAAAGCUAGCUGUAAGCGUUAAGCUUCUUCUUCCCCAAUGGCGCAACCAAACUCGGUGAAAAUGGUGGAGAUUUGCAGGGUGGCUCCAAAACCAGGCGCACCAGAUCUGUUGUCCCUUCCUCUAACCUACUUUGACUCGCUCUUUCUAAGGUUUCCACCAGUACAACGCCUUUACUUCUAUGAAUUAACAUCUUCUUCCUCUUCUUCUUUCACUAGUACUGAUUCUGUAGUACUUGCCUAUCUCAAAACCUCGCUCUCUCUCACUCUCAAACACUUUGUACCUCUCGCCGGAAACCUAACUUGGCCUCAAGACUCCCACACACCCAUUCUCAGCUAUGUCCAAGGCGACGCCGUUUCACUCACAGUAGCUGAGUCCGAUGCUGAUAAUUUCGACCACCUUUCGAGCAACAACGUCUUUCUCGAAUCCAAAGCUUACCAUCCACUUGUUCCCCAAUUGGAGUCGUCUCAUGAACGAACUGCAGCCAUUGCAUUGCAAAUAACCAUAUUUCAUGGCCGUGGCUUCGCCAUUGGAACAGCCAUGCACCAUGCAAUCCUCGAUGGCAAAACAUCAAUCUCGUUCGUUAAGUCGUGGGCUCAUGUAUGCAGCAAACAGAUUGAAAGUGGCUUGUCCAUUGGAUCAGAUAUUUCGUUACCAGAGAAGCUCAAGCCGUUAUAUGAUAGAACGGUCAUCUAUGAUCCGACUGGGCACGGACUCGAAUCCAUCUACUUAAACGAUUGGCAAAACUUGGAUGGCCCCAACAACAGAAGCGUAAAGGUUUGGGAAUUGAAAGCUCCACCAGAUGACUCAGUUCGAAGCAUCUUUGAGUUCACACGCGCACAGAUACAAACGCUAAGGCAGAUGGUACUAGAAAAGGUUUCUGAUCCAGUACAUCUCCAUUUGUCAACGUUUUCUCUAGCUUGUGCUUACACUUGGGUUUGUUUAGUCAAGGCACAAGAAAUAGAAGCCGACAAAGUUUCAGUUCAAGCCUUUAGCGUGGACUGCAGGUCUCGCUUGGAACCUCCGGUACCUGAAAACUAUUUUGGAAAUUGCAUGAUGGGUGUCAUGGGGUUUGCAGAAGCAAAGGAGUUAUUGGGUGAAGAUGGGUUGGUUGUGGCAGUCACAGCAAUUAGUGAAACUAUAAAGGGUUUAGACAAGAAUGGGGUUUUGAAAGGGGCCCACGAGCUUUACUGUUCGAAAAUCAAGGACUUGCUUCAGGCUGAGGGGAUAUAUUCUACUGCUGGUUCGCACCGAUUUCAGAUUUACGAUACCAACUUUGGAUGGGGUAGGCCGAAGAAAGUUGAGGUGGUUUCUAUAGAUAGGACCGGAGCGAUUUCAGUCUCGGAUUCCAAGAAUGGUGGUGGAGGUAUAGAGAUUGGGGUGGUUUUGAAAAAAGAUUGUAUGGAAGCAUUUGCUUCUCUAUUUGCUGUUGGUUUUGGAAAGCACCGAGUCAGGGGUUGAGUAUUACUUGAGUAUUACAGUUACUACAAAUGUGGUUCAGGGCGCGUGCUUGGCUAUGUCGUUGAAUGUUGAUUGCCUAAUACAGCUUUUCUUCAAGAAUAUAAAUUUGGGUUUGCAUUAUCUUUA